ACACCCCCUUUCCCUUUCAUCUUUCUCAUUGACCAAUGGGCUUGGAGCAUUAAGGCCACACCCCUAUUCCACAUUCUACUGGGGCCCUGGUUACGCCUCCUCUGGCUCAGUCACACAGCUGCCUGGUAGGUGACUGGAGGUGUUGAUUAGUGCUCACUGGGAUUUCGCUGACGUGGCCCCAACCCUGCCUCCCUACCCACCCUGCGAUGGCAGAAGAAACUCAACAGAACAAAUUGGCGGCAGCCAAGAAAAAGGUCGACCUCCCUGGGUUCUUUGUGCUGGCAUCUCCAAGGAGCUGGGUCCCAACCCUGUACUUCCCUCCCCCAUCAUGGAGCGGCGACUUGGACAUGGUGCUGACAUGGUCCCUCCCCCCACCAGGAGGAGUGGAAUGUAGUGAUGUCACAGUCCACCUGUAACUGUCAUUACUGCAAGACUGGCCUUUGAUCUUAUGACCCAGUCCCCUAAGCAUUCUCACCCCAUUUCUGGUUCCUCUGGUCACAGCACAAAUUUCCAGCUGGAAGGGGAAUGGAGACUGGGACCUAGGAGCAAGCGGUUUCAGGCUGCCUCACUCCCUUACAGAUGUUGAUGUUAAAAGAAUAUUGGCAGAAAAACAGCCCUAGAGUUCCAGCAGGAGUGAACAGGAACAGGAAAACAAAUGGCAGUAUCCCUGAGACAGCCACUUCUGGUGGUUGCCAGUCACCUGGGGAUUCAGCAAGAGAUUUCCACAGGGAAGGCCCUACAUCAUCUGCUACCCUGAAGGAUCUGGAGAGCCCAUGCCAAGAACUAGCAGUAGUCCUGGAUUCAAGGUCCGUAAAAAUCAGUCAACUGAAGAACACCAUCAAAUCUUUGAAACAACAGAAGAAACAAGUGGAACAUCAGCUGGAAGAAGAAAAGAAAGCAAACAACAAGAAACAGAAAGCUGAAAGGGAGCUAGAGGUUCAAAUCCGGACAUUGAACAUAGAGAAAGGGAAGCUAAAUACACACCUGUACCACAUGAAACGUUCUCUCAGAUACUUUGAAGAAGAGUCAAAGGAUCUGGCUAUCCACCUGCAACAUUCAUUGCAGCGUAAAAGAGAGUUAGAGCAGGCUCUCUCUGCUGUCACCGCCACACAGAAGAAGAAGGCAAACCAGUUUUCCAGCAACAGUAAAGCACGUAUGGAGUGGAAGUUAGAGCACUCCAUCCAGGAGCAGGCACUGCUGAAAGCGCAGGUGACACAGUUGAAGGAGUCAUUUAAACAAGCCCAAUUAGAAAGAGACGAGUGUGUGCAACAUCUAAAAGGAGAGAGGGCCCGGUGGCAGCAGAGGAUGAGAAAAAUGUCGCAGGAGGUUUGCACAUUAAAGAAUGAAAAGAAGAAUGAUAUGCGUCGGAUAGAGAAGCUGGAGAGGAGCUUGUCCAAACUGAAAAACCAGAUGGCUGAACCCCUGCCCCCAGAGCCCCCAGAGCCCCCAGCAAUGUCCUCCAAGGUGGAGCUGCAGCACCUGAGGAAGGAACUAGAGAGAGUGGCAGGAGAGCUCCAGGCCCAAGUCAAAAACAAUCAGCGCAUAAGCCUCCUGAACCGGGGACAAGAAGAGAGGAUUCAGGUGCAGGAAGAGAGGCUUCGGAAGCAGGAGGAGAGGCUUGAGGAGCAGCAGGAGAGGCUUCAGCAGCUGGCCAAGCCACAGAGCAUCUUUGAGGAGCUGGAGCACCUGGAAGCUACCAGCCAGCAGAACCAGCAGCUAACAACCCAGCUGAGCCUCAUGGCUCUCCCUGGGGAAGGAGAUGGAGGAGGACAUCUGGACAGUGAGGAGGAGGAGGCACCUCGGCCCAUGCCAAGCAUCUCAGAGGACCUGGAGGGCAGGGAGGCCAUGGUGGCGAUUUUCAAGUCCGCUGGAGCCAGUGUCCAGGAGGAGCAAGCACGGUUACAAGAGCAGAGCGGCUUUAUGGACCACCUGGAGGAGAAGGCAGACCUGAGUGAGCUGGUGAACAAACAAGAACUUCGCUUCAUCCACUACUGGCGAGAGAGAUGCCAUCAGAAAAUCCAUCACGUUUCAACAGAGCCAGGGGGCAGUGCCAAAGAUGCGGCACUGGGAGGAGGACAUCAUCAGGCUGGCCCAGGACAGGGAGGAGAUGAAGGUGAAGCUGCUGGAGCUGCAGCAGAUGGUAUUGCGGCUUAUAGCAACUACAACAAUGGUCACAGAAAAUUCCUGGCUGCUGCCCAGAACCCUGCUGAUGAGCCCAGUCCAGGAGCCCCAGCCCCCCAGGAACUUGGGGCUGCAGACAAGCAGGGUGAUCUUUGUGAAGUGAGCCUCACCUCCUCUGCUCAAGGAGAGGCCAGGGAGGGUCCUCUCUAUGACAACCCUACCACACAGCCAAUCGUGCAGGACCACCAGGAGCACCCAGGCUUGGGCAGCAACUGCUGUGUGCCAUUCUUUUGCUGGGCUUGGCUGCUGAGAAGAAGGAGAUAAACAUCACUGUCAUCAAAGAGCUGCUCAAGAAAUUUUUAAAUAAGAAACCGAGUUAUGGGGUUAAUCUCCUACACAAUUCAUUUACUUCAUUUGAAUGUUAGAGUCACUCAUGAUUAUUUGUGUUUCUAAUUUAUAGUUUAAGUUUAUUUGUAAAAAGUUAAAAGAGAGUGGGUCUCUGUGGCUCUCACUGAUGUUCACUCUGGCAUCCUUUAGCAUUUUUCUUUUUUAAUUUCAUAAUUGUAGGUCAUUAGCAUGCAUAUCGAGUUUGCCCUUAUGUGGUGGGAGUUCAAACACACAAAGACCCACUCUUUGCAGAAAAUUGUUCUCGUUGGUUUGGAAUAGGCUGCCAUGCUUCUUUAAUGUUAUUGCAGCAUGUAUAUUCACUACAGAAUUCAGACAAAAUUUGCCUAUGUUCUACUGUUGUUUGAUCUAAUCUUAAUCACAGUGAGCUCUUCAUUAGCUCAAUAUGUAGUUUGCCCCCAAGUGUGCACUGUUUAUUACUUUGUAAUAUGCCACUAUGAGUACUGACAUUUAGAGUUGUUUAAAGGCCGAGAACUGGAAACAGCCUUUCCUCCAUUUUCUGUGUGUUGGUGAUGGGAGUAAUAACCUUUUGGGGGAGCUUUUUAAAUCUCACAGAAGAGGAAAGUGGCCUCCUCUGGCAGGUAUGUGCAGGACAGAGUGUGUUUCAUCUGUUCCAGUGCCAAGAAUUAGCGCUGUAUUAUGGUGGUUCCCUUAGGAUUUGUAUGUGCUCUGGGCUCAUGAAGAUAUUGCAUCAGGAGCUGCAGCAGUUGUACUCUUUUUUGAUGACCUAAAAAGGGCUUAUUUCUGAGGAAUGAAAGGUUCCCAUCGUUGACUGUGGAUGUGGAAAACCUUUCCUAGCUUAGAGCAUUUGUGUCUACAAUACAUUUUAAAGUCAGAGUUCAUGUUCCCUGUUUUAAUCACAUGACUACAUGCCUCAGUUCACAAAAGGGCACUGGUGGGCGUUCUUCUUAAUGUAUUUAGUGACGAUCAUAAGAAAUCCUUUAUGAGUUCAAAUGUCCCUGGAACAGGCAUACAGGCUCUAGUCAAGAAUGAAUUAGAGUGAAGGAAAGCUGUGUGGUGCCUGGCAUUCCUCUCUGUUCAUGGAGCUUCUUUGAGGCUUGAAGAUUGAUUUUACCAUCUAGACGUCUCUGGCUAAUACCUAUUCUUCAACCACCUUGGUUACUCUGACAUAGGAAUUUACUUCUUUUCCUUAAGUGGAAAACACUUUAAAAAAUAAUAGAAACAUUAUUAUAAACUAAUAUAUGUGACAGUACUUAGUUGAAACAAAAAGGAGUUUUAGUAGACAGUAUUAUACUAUCUUUGAAAAUCAAGGAGAAGUUUAUGCAACUUAAAAUGUUUCCAAACUGCAGUGCAAUCUACUGUUUGUGAAUGUCAAUGUAUUAUCAGGAAAUGUGUCUAUACAAUCACACAGUUAUAUUUGCUCACAGACUUCUUUACAAAGAGUGAAAUAUGUUUUUGUACCUCUCUGUUUCAGUCAGGGACAUAUUUUGUGCAAUAUUUAUGUGAUUGUGCCUAUGCGUGAUGAAUGAAUGCAUUUCAGUCAUAUAUUGCCUAAAUCAUAACUUGAUGAUGCUUGGGAAAGACUCAACAGUUAAAACUUCAUGAAGUUCUAAUGUCUGUGUUCCAGAACACAUCACAUUAUUCGGAUGCAGGGAGAUACGUAUGUGUGCUCCCUGGGGUGGGGAUUUCUACUUACCAGACCAUCUCCAUUUUUAGCAUUUGGCAUCCUCAUGAUAAUUCUAUAAAUAUGACAUUAACAGGAGAGCAACAAUACAAUUUUACCGAUGGAAUAACAGAUUUGCUGGCAUUCAUUGAAAGAGGGCAAAUAUUCGAUCCUUGUGACUUCAACUGACUCUUCCAAAUUUUAUGAAUGUAUCAAUGUAUUAGAUAAACCCAGUUUCAGAAUGAUAAAGAAAAAAUGUUAGACUAAAUAAUGCGGCUAAUUAACAGUGGUACGAUUUCUAGCCCGAGGGUUUAAAAUGCACUUAAAGUCCUGUUCUUGCCUUUUGUUUUCUGAACUUGCCGCUUUUGCAUUCUUUGAGUUCAGUUUAAAGACAGUUACUUUAAGAGCAUUUUAAACCCUCAUGCUAGAAAUCAGACCACUGUUAAUUAGCCACAUUAUUUGGUCUAACGUUUUUUGUUUUAUCAUUCUGAAACUGGGUUUAUCUAAUACAUUGAUAAAUUAUUUCAAAGAUACUUUUAUCAUUGAAAUCACUUCACUUUUACCCUAAUAAAUAUCAGUGACUAGGAAUGACCUUCAGGUAGCGUUUAGCAUCUGUAACUAAUCUGACAAUAAUGUGUUCAUCAGGUGCCUAUGCAUUAAAUCACACACUGGCAUAUUAAACUGAAGGUCAGUCUGGAAAAUAAAUUUACUAUAUUGACUGAAAUACCACUCUUUGUGUAGGUAUUUGUCAUAUAUUUAAGAAAAAGCUAGAAAGAAUGGAAAUCGUAUGACAAUAACUUAAGUCUUUCUUCAAAGUGCAUGCCGUCUUUUGCGAUACCCCAUUCAGCCAAGUAUUUGUGCUCUUCCUCAUUCAGUAUAAGGCAGCUUUCAGUUUGCUUAGAAGGCAACAUUGGAAUGUUAGAAUUCAACAGAAACACAGAAUUUUAAAAUGUGAGUUCCACUGAAUACAUCUGAAUUUCUGUAGGAAGAAUCAAAACACCUAUUUAAAGAUUGCAAUAUAUAAUAAUCAUUUUAAAAGUAUUUGAUUAAACCUGAUAGAUUUUCCAGAAAUGAAAAAAUAUCAGCUCUAAAACCAAAGCUGAUUUUUAGAAAAUUUGAAAAUGUCAAUCAGCCCUAUCCAUAAUAUAGUUUCUCUAAAACUUUAUCUUAGAGUCAUUUUAAAAUAAUAUAACUAUUAAACAAUGUAACUGCUAUCUUAAUGUUCUGAAAGAAGUUAAAACAUUUUAAAAUAUGAAUACUGUAGUAUAAAAGAAAGAAACAGUGGGAAGGAAAAGCAGAGAAAGAAAUGCCAAUACCAGUCCAAAGCUUUAUUUGCCAAGUUUUCUUAGAAUGAAUUUUACCAAUUUAUGAAUUCUUGUGAACAGAAUGUGUCAUGGAAAUACUGAAAGAUUUUUCCCUAGAGAGGCAUUAUUGACUACUGGUGUGAUGCUACUGUAAUGUAAUAAAUCAUUAAAUUGUUUCAAAGUGUU